UUACAUUUGUUUGGCAACAACGCUGUAACCUUGUCUCUUGUAUAACCACUGAUGAUAUCUGGAUAUCGAUUUGUCUUCUAGGAAAACCAGCAUCCCUCUUUUUAACCGAGCAAAGACCGGACACCGGUCCCUUUUCUUUCUGACAACACACAGGGACCAACAUGAUGGCCGGGCUCCGCGGUUGUCGGGUAAUCCUGUGGCUGGCCCUGUCCGCCGUGCUGGGCUCUGCACUCGGGCUUGGUGAGGACCUCGACCGGCCUCUGUUCGGGCCUCCCGGCUCUCCUGUGCGACUGCGGGAGUCUGACCCAGGCCUGAAGAAGGCUCUGGAGUUCGCCGAGGAGCGCUACAACCGGGGCUCCAACGCCAUGCACCUCCGUAAAGUCAGCCGGCUCAUCUCUGCCACCAAACAGCUGGUUAAGGGUAUCCGCUACACUAUAACAGUGGAACUGAGUAACACUCAAUGUAAGAAAUCCACCAUGCUCAGGACAUGUGACUUCUAUCCCGAGUCAAAGAAUCUCAAGACGGAGGUGUGUGUGUUCGAAGUGUGGGAUGUUCCCUGGCAGGGCACUUCAACUCUGCUCAAACAGAAGUGCCAGCCGAAAGUUGAACCUCAACAAGAAGAGACCAACAAGGUGAUGGAUGCACCCACCAGCCAGCCUCUGGAGGAGUCUGUGGAGCUGUUGGGCCAGUUCAAAGAAUUCAUGGUGAAAUACAAUAAGGUCUACAGCAGCCAGGAAGAGGCAGACCGUCGUCUGCGCAUCUUCCACGAGAACCUGAAAACCGCUGAGAAGCUCCAGUCUUUGGAUCAAGGGUCAGCUGAGUAUGGAGUCACCAAGUUCAGCGACCUAACUGAGGAAGAGUUUCGCUCUACGUACCUGAACCCGCUCCUGAGCCAGUGGACUCUCCAUCGACCCAUGAAACCGGCCCCUCCUGCCCGAGACCCCGCCCCUGCCAGCUGGGAUUGGCGUGAUCAUAGAGCUGUCAGUCCGGUUAAGAACCAGGGUAUGUGUGGAUCCUGCUGGGCAUUUUCUGUCACAGGCAACAUUGAAGGCCAGUGGUUCCUGAAAAAUGGGACGUUGCUGUCCCUCUCUGAACAAGAGCUGGUUGACUGUGAUGGGCUGGACCAGGCCUGCAGAGGAGGGCUGCCGUCAAACGCUUAUGAGGCUAUUGAGAAACUGGGUGGUCUGGAGUCAGAGGCCGACUAUUCCUACAGUGGGCAGAAGCAGAGGUGCGACUUCACCACUGGGAAGGUGGCCGCCUACAUCAACAGCUCUGUGGAGCUGUCCAAAGAUGAGAAGGAAAUCGCAGCUUGGCUGGCUGAGAAUGGACCAAUCUCUGUCGCUCUGAAUGCGUUCGCCAUGCAGUUCUACAGGAAGGGUGUGUCCCACCCUUUGAAGAUCUUCUGCAACCCCUGGAUGAUCGACCACGCUGUGCUGAUGGUGGGAUACGGAGAGCGUAAAGGUAUCCCAUUCUGGGCCAUCAAAAACAGCUGGGGAGAGGAUUAUGGAGAGCAGGGUUACUACUACCUGUACAGGGGCUCCAAUGCAUGUGGGAUCAACAAGAUGUGCUCAUCUGCUGUAAUCAACUAAAGCACAAACACCACAUAUUUACUCACACACACACGUGCACACAUACACUACAUGUACCACAGGUGCCAGCUGACCCCACCUUCUCUCUACCCACACACACAUUUGAUUGCGACUGCAUGACGAUUACAUUCAAACACACAUAAAGUACUACUGAUGUUACUUUUCCGUUAAACCAGACUAGUGUUUGAUCCUUAUACUUCACACCUCGUGUCAAUUUACUGAAAACAUACCAGCUAUAGCAAAGCUAGGGUUGCUGAGAAGUUUUGUAGUAAUUUCAAACUAGAUCUUAUGUGUGCAUUUCAUUCUGUUAGUCCUGCAGGUCAAAAUGAGUGCUGUGUUUUAGGCAGUAUUGGUUUUAACUCAUCUUUCCGCACAGUAACUGAGCUCAUGUUCGAUAAGGAGCAUGCACUAAUUGUUGUUAGCCUUGUGUCUUCAGUUUUCCUGGAUGUUUCGAUAAUAGCGCUCAUGCUAAUGUUAUGUAGUGCUUGAGAGGGGUUUUUUUUUGAAAGAUGGGGGUUUUACCUUAUACUGGUUUGCACAUUACUACGUAACUGUAAUGCAAUAGUAAAAAACUGCUGUAAGACAGUGAGAAAUCAAUGAAGAUUGAAUAAAAAAGUGUGGAAUCCUA